AUGGGUUGCACGAUCAGCCAAGAGGAUAAAGCAGCGAUGGAGAGGAGUAAAAUGAUUGAUCGGGACCUACGAGAAGACCGAGACAAAGCGUCCAGGGAAGUAAAACUCCUACUGCUUGGUGCUGGGGAGUCUGGGAAAAGUACAAUAGUGAAGCAGAUGAAAAUCAUCCACGAGGCCGGCUACUCCGAGGAGGAGUGUAAACAGUACAGAGUGGUGGUGUACAGCAACACCAUCCAGUCUAUCAUCGCCGUCAUCAGAGCCAUGGGACACCUAAAGAUAGACUUUGGGGACGCGGCACGAGCGGACGAUGCUCGUCAGCUGUUUGUAUUGGCUGGUACAACGGAGGAGGGUGUGAUCUCAUCAGAUCUAACCGGUGUGAUACGGAAACUGUGGACGGACAGCGGGGUCCAGACCUGCUUCCUGCGCUCCAGAGAGUACCAGCUCAACGAUUCAGCAUCCUAUUAUCUGAAUGACCUGGACCGUAUUGCCCAACAAAAUUAUGUCCCCACACAGCAAGACGUGCUGAGGACCAGAGUCAAGACUACCGGCAUCGUGGAGACACACUUUACCUUCAAAGAGCUCUACUUCAAGAUGUUUGACGUGGGCGGCCAGCGUUCUGAGAGGAAGAAGUGGAUCCACUGCUUUGAGGGCGUGACAUCUAUUAUCUUCUGUGUGGCGCUCAGUGACUAUGACCUGGUGCUGGCAGAGGACGAAGAGAUGAACCGGAUGCAUGAGAGCAUGAAGCUGUUUGACUCCAUCUGUAACAACAAGUGGUUCACAGACACCUCCAUCAUCCUCUUCCUCAACAAGAAGGAUCUGUUUGAGGAGAAGAUCGCCAGGAGUCCACUCACCAUCUGUUACCCCGAGUACGCAGGAGCCAGUACAUAUGAGGAGGCAGCAGCUUACAUCCAGUGUCAGUUUGAGGAUCUGAACAGGAGGAAGGACACUAAAGAGAUCUACACCCACUUCACCUGCGCCACCGACACCAAGAACGUCCAGUUCGUGUUCGACGCCGUCACAGACGUCAUCAUCAAGAUCAACCUCAAGGAGUGUGGACUCUACUGA